AUGUUCGCAUCCCUCUCUACACUGCUCCUCUUGGGCACAGUCUACGCCAACCCGAUUGCCAUCCUUGAACAGAGACAAUCGCAACAGGUCAACCUCAACUACGAUAUCUCUGGGGCGCAAUUUUCAACCUUCCAAGAUGCCAACACAUUGAGGCAAUUCCUGCAGAGCAAAGGCGUCAAUUAUGACUUCGACUACAACAAGUUGUCGGCUGGCGUUGCAGCUGUCAAUAACUACUUCGCCACCAAGGCACAGCAGACCACCACCUCGUCAAACAACAAUGGCUUCACCAACCCAAAUAGUGGCACAGUCCAAACAGACUCGGAUUCCACGUCUUUAAGAGGCGGACCAUCAUAUACCAACGCUUCGCUUUCCGCUCAAGCGCUUCUGGUACAGUCCAUUACGUUCAGUGGUGGUGAUGCUGCAUGUGCUGGCGGCGCCAUCCAACGAACCAAGACCACAUCUUCCACAUCUUCCUCCGGUGCCUCGAACUCAACAGCCACCGUAGUCGGAAACCCUCAGCCCGUGAUGAUCGACACCAACGCCAUAGUCAGCGGCGCCUCAGAUUCCGAGGAUGUGGUCGGAGGCACGCAAGACGCCCUCACUGCCGGCUCCUGCGCAGCGCGUGCUACUGGCGCCUCUGCCCGUUUAUCCAUCCUGACCACUUUGAACGUCCCCAUCAACACCUCCGGCAGCACCACGUUCGGCAGCACAGCACAGUCAUUCUGCGAAGCUGGCGUUGGCGCUAGGCAGAGUGGCCAACCUGGAGGCUCGGGUACUAGUUCGAGCGGAACGCAGGCUGCAUUGACAGAUGGUGGAGUUACUGCUGAGGUGGUCUGCAAUGGACAGAGAAGGACUAGUGGCAGCCCUGCUGUUACUUUCAACCUUAAGCUACAGGGGACCUACUCCAGCACCGCUGGCUUCUCCGGCAACUUCAUCGGCACCAGGACCGCGACCGCUUCUAUCAGCUGUACGUAG